GCCCGUCAUAAUGGCUGACGACCCACAAGGAAGCCUUCAUUGACCCGCUGAAGUCGCCAGUGAGCGGGUGUAACGCUGAAGCUGCGUGGGGUUCAGUGUGGUGGACAGUCUCGCCAUGAUCCGACAGGUCGCUGUUCCCCGUGUGAGACCUUGACAGUGAUGGAAUCCUCCGUGCCGCCAUAUUCUUCUGUCCAGCACAAUCGCCCUUCCUACCUCGAUCCACCACCGUCUUACGAUGAAGCUGUGUAUGGCUUCACGGCCACGCCUACUUCUCCUAUAACUCCAUCUGCGAUCUCCCCAGCCAGGGAGGCAGUCCACAGGUCUACAGGAGAUGCGAGGCGCAUGCACAAUACACCCUCCACUGCCAUCGAAGACGCUGCUCGUGUUCCGAUGACGUUGGAAUUGACGUCACAGCAGAUUCGUAACUCACCUCAUUUCAGCGAUCGCCAAGAAGGCGUGUUGAUGAUAUACCCGGAUGACAUUGAACAAGCUCGCAACAAUAACCGCCGAAGACAUCACCCUGGACCCGGUCAACCCCCAUCCCGGGCCAUGACGAGGCUGCUGAUCGUGGGAGCGUUGCUGACGGUGGUGAUGGUGUUGGCGGGUUUCUGUUGUCAGCAUCGUUUCAGGGCCCUUCUAACGACAAAUCGGCUUGAUGAUACCGAGUGGAGGACAACGACACGACCUUGACCUCUGUAGUACACAACAUAGUGACCUUGACCUUGCUACCGUUGGUGUUCGUAGGACUGGCUGGAAAAGCCGAGAGACGUUAGUGCGGUAUCCUUUGAUAUUCUACCUUAACCUUGAAUCUUCAGGAUGUUCUUGGUAUUCGACCUUACCUUGAAUCUUGCGGUAUUCUUGAUAUUCGACCUUGCCAUCAACCCGAAACAAUCACUUUGUUAGUGAACGUAGUCAGGCGCUGAUGAACUCUCGUGCACAUCAACAGACCACCGGAUAUCCGUCCACCUCUAUCCAAUAUUUCACUCCUGGUUUCCGGUUCUAACCGCACAUCGGCAACUUGUGAUAUGAAGAGACAGGAGCCUAGCCAUCUGUUGUUCCGUAUAUAGUCUUAGAAAGAUCAGCUGUUUUGGAUCUACUCUGACAGCUAAAAGUCUUCCAGCAACCAAGAAGAUUCGCAGAUAUUCUUGGUGUUACACCAGAUGUUCUUUGUGAUCAACAAAUGUUCUGGCCGGAACCCGUAUGUUCAUGUGCGGGCUUUAUCGCAGUCACUUCCCAGAGCACGUCUCCUGAUGUCCGCCAAGCGUCCAACAGUGGCGCACACAUGUUCCAGCAAACCAGCUGUCAUCCAACAGUGGCACGUGUUCCAGCAAGCCAAGUUAAUGUCAUCCAA